UCGGCGAUCACGUCCGUCUACCGCGUCUACACGAACAAGGACACGGGCGAGGUGGCGGUGCUGCCUCUGGUGGCGCUCUGGAUCAGCUGCCAUCUCUGGAUGAUCUACGGCUACGUCACGAACGACAUCUUCCCUUUGCUCGUCACUUACCUAGUCGGAGAAGUGCUGGCAGCCUGCUACGUGGCUGUACAUUUCUGCUACACCAAGCACCGCGCCUACACGAUCAAGGCAGUGGCGUUCGCGCUGACGUUCACAGCGCUUGGAACGACGUACGCCGUGCUGGGGCGUGAGGGCGUGACGUACCAGAGUCUGAGCGCUGUCGGCAAUGUCAUGGACUGGAUCACAGCUGGAGGCAGCUUCCUGCUGUACACGUCGCCGUUCGAAACUAUCAAGCGCGUGCUGCAGACAAAGUCCGGCGCCUCCAUCCCCAUCGCGCUGUGCUGCGCCGGCCUCGUCAGCAACUCGCUCUGGGUUCUCUAUGGCCUCGUGGUGAGCGACAUGUUCGUCUUCGGGCUUGGUGUCUUCUGCACGACGUUGCCGCUGAUCCAGAUCAUUUUGUACCUCGUGUUCAAUCCCAACCGGAAUCAAGCGUUCGGCGUAGAGUCUUCAGAGACCAAGGAGCUCACAGACAUGAUCGCCUCUACCAGUAUUGAUCCUGGUGCUUCCACUUUGGAAUUUGCGAGCAGUGUUGCCGAUUUUCACGCAGCUCCAUCGCCUGCCUGA